CCUAUAUAUAGUAAGUGGGCUUGACAAUGGAGUUAUGAUCCUUAUCAUUGUUAAAAAAAUAUAAAUGUAGAUAAGUCUCGAGAGCUAUGCAUGUAUGUUAAAAAAAUGUGCAAUAUACAAGUUCCAUAUCGUGUAAACCUUUAUCGUCGUUAUAAACAUUCAUUAUAGGUAUAUCGCAAUGACUUAUAAUGGAAACUACAAAAAUGUUAAAACACCUUCAAGAAAUAAGUGACUAUAAGACAUUUUUAUCGUAAAGCACAUUUCUUAUUUUCAAGUUUCCGUUUACUACAAAUCAUACAUUUAAUCAAUAUAUUCAUUAUAUAUAGAUAUGCAAUUAAACAAGUAUAAAGUUCUCAAAACGCUACAGAAACUAGGCAGCAAAUUUUAUGUGUGUUCUACAAAGGUGUAUUUAUGUCGAUAAAGCACGAAGGCGAACGAUUCCUUAAACCUGCACCCUUCUCUUAUCAUCCCCAAAAAUCCAACAUUAUACUCGUUCUAAUAUUCGAAAAUCCCACGUUCAGUAAAGUCGUCUGCAACAUCGUCGGUAUACGACGGUACCAUAUAUACCUACUUAUCCUUCGCGCGGCGACAUAUCGCAUCAGUCUAUUUUUGUCAGCUGAUUGAAGAACCUUAUUUGAGGUUAGAGUCACAAAUUGUGCUAUGUACACAAACAGUCUCAUCAUUUUGCCCCUUUGACUAAACCAAUUCCUGCCGCUUUCACUUAUAAUUAAAUCCUGUGGAAUAUAAUAUUCCUUUUCGAUCAUGGACAUUCUCAAAGCAGAAAUUGCAAAAAAACGAAAAGAGUUGGCGGACAAAAACGUAUUGCAAAACAAUAAAAAGUACUUCAGAAGAGGAGACUUACUGGCAACGGAGCAAAAGGUUGUCAAUGAUACAAACUCAAGCAGCAAUGAAAACGAUGCUGACAGAAGAGCAGCUGCUGAGAACUCGAUGAUACAAGAUAACUCACAAAAUACUUUACCUAGGGCAGAAGUUAUCCGCAAACUGAGAGAAAGGGGUCACCCGAUAUUACUUUUUGGUGAAUCGGAAAUCGACUCCUUCAAACGAUUGAGAAGAUGUGAAAUACUUGAGCCAGAAGUUAAUAAGGGUUUGCGUAAUGAUUUCCAAGAAGCUAUGGAACAGGUGGAUCAAGCCUAUUUGGACGAAAUUUUGAAAUCCUCAAAGCCACAAGAACAGCGCAAAAAAGGCGAUGUGCAUGUGCCCGAUGAAGAAGUGACUUAUGAAGAUAUACAAAAAAUGGCCGAAAAUCUUGAUAAGAAUAAUCGAGAAACCGACAUGCAUAUCAUCACGACGUUUUUGCAGUUUUUAAUGAAAAUUUGGGGCGAUCAACUGAACAGCAGGGCAGGUGCUGAGAAAAUGGGCGCUAAAGGAAAAAUGGACAGUGCAAUUUAUGCUCAAACAAAGGAAUAUUUGAAACCACUUCUUAGGAAAUUAAAAAACAAAUCCCUCCCCGAAGAUAUUACAGAUAGUUUAACGGAAAUCGUAAAGCACUUACUAGAACGAAAUUAUAUUUUGGCUAGCGACGCUUACCUUCAAAUGGCAAUCGGAAACUCGCCCUGGCCGAUUGGUGUAACUAUGGUCGGUAUUCACGCACGUACGGGUCGAGAAAAAAUUUUCUCGAAAAAUGUGGCGCACGUAAUGAACGACGAGACACAACGCAAGUACAUUCAAGCUCUAAAAAGACUUAUGACCAAAUGUCAGGAGUAUUAUCCGACAGAUCCGUCGCGAUGUGUUGAAUAUACGAAAAAUACGUAAUUUAUUUGUAAGUUACCUCGAUUUCUGUAUAAAAUUGUAAAUUAAGUUAUAACAUAGUUGACCUUUUUUAAAGUAAUAUAAAUGUAACGCGUUUCAUUAGGGAUACAAUAAAUAAUAUUUAUAUUUUUACGAGAA